AUGAGGUCCGCCGCGUGGCACGCCCUGCUCCCGUCACUAGUGCCUGCCAAGCCCGGCAUCUUCUUCCUCCGCAGCCGGCCCGGGCGGUUCUUGUCACACGCUCACGGCUUGCGGCCGUGUGGCGCUGCGAGCUCUCUGCCCCCCGGGGAGUACCUUCCUCCCUUGUUCAGCGUGGCGCCGAUGAUGGACUGGACAGACAACCACUACAGGACGCUCGCGCGGCUGAUAUCGAGGCACGCCUGGUUAUACACAGAGAUGUUGGUCGCUGAGACCAUUGUGCAUCAGAAAGAUAAGUUGGAUAGAUUUUUAGCAUUUCCUGCUGAACAGCAUCCUAUUGUGUUACAAAUUGGUGGAAGUAAUCUUGACAAUUUGGCAAAGGCAACUGAAUUAGCAAGUGGAUAUGCAUAUGAUGAGAUCAACCUGAAUUGUGGUUGCCCCAGCGGCAAAGUUGCUGGCCACGGUUGCUUCGGUGCUCGCUUAAUGUAUGAUCCAGAGUUUGUAGGGGAUGCUAUGUCAGCUAUUGCUGCCAAUUGUGAUGUCCCUGUCAGUGUUAAAUGCAGAAUUGGAGUUGACGAUCGUGACUCCUACGAAGAACUUUGUACAUUUGUAGAUAAAGUUGUUUCUAAGUCACCAACCAGGCAUUUUAUUAUCCAUGCUCGGAAGGCGUUGCUCAGUGGCCUCAGUCCUGCGGAGAAUCGGAAGGUUCCUCCUUUAAAAUAUGAGUACUAUUAUGCUUUGUUGCGGGACUUCCCAGAGGUACACUUUACACUAAAUGGAGGCUUAAUGACUAUUGAACAAGUUAGUGCAUCCAUAAGACAAGGCGCCCAUCAAGUUAUGGUUGGUCGUGCUGCUUACAAUAAUCCAUGGAAUAUGCUGGGGCACGUAGAUAGUGAAAUUUAUGGCAUGCCAACACCUUGCUCUUCGCGUCGCCAGAUCCUUGAGAGCUACCAAGUUUAUGGUGAUUCUAUAAUUGGACAGUAUGGCAUCAGCAGGCCAAACGUGAGGCAACUUGUUAAGCCAUUGUUACAUUUGUUCCACUCAGAGCCUGGUAAUAGUUUGUGGAAACGUAAGGCUGAUUCUACGUUGCGCCACUGCAAGACACUUGUGCAGUUCUUGGAGGAAACUCUUGACGCCAUUCCUGACUCUGUCCUUGACGCACCAGUAUUGAUGGAGCCAUCCAGGGAGCAAGACUACUUCGCCCAUGUGGAUUCCUUAUUGCCGCCAAGAUACACAAAACUGGCCAAUGGCAGCUAUGAAAGCCCAGCACUUGUAACUGCAUCCAGUUGA